UCCGUCCACCGAGCAGCUGAUUAGCAGCUUCCCCGUGAAGCCCCGCUCAGCUACGUCUCCUCCUGCAUCCAUCACUCAUCGUCCUUCAUCCAGGAGGGUUCCCUCUCUCCUCUCCUCCCUCCUCCUCCUCCUCUCCAUCCUCUGUUGACGUCCAUGGCUCUAUCACCCGCAUCACCGCUUUCCACCGCUCUCGGUCCAGUCAUGUAGUCAUUAUGGCUCUGCUAAUUCGCUCUGCGUUCACGUCGUUCCUCCCUCCUGCGUCUUUCCUCUUACUUUUCUUGUAGUUCAUCAGUCGCCGUUUCUGUCGGAAACUCUGCUUUUCGUGGGGAUUUCCGCGUCUGCGAGCGUCUCCACGGUCUGCGUCCGUCUGGCUGCUGUCGGCUCCGGCGCGGUCCUUUCUCCUCAUCGUGACUUAAUUGUUUCCGGGCAGAGUUGGAAGCCACCGGGGACACGGCUCACAUGAGUGCGCCUCCGCUGAUCCGAGCGCCCAGCCCGCUGCCGUUCGCAGGGGGCACCACCAUCAGCAGCUCCGGCACCGCGGGAGGAGGAGGAGGGGGCGGCGGCGGCGGCGGCGGAGUGAUCUCCUUCCACAUCCAGAUCGGACUGAGCCGGGAGCCCGUGCUGCUGGACGCCGCAGAGCUCAGCCUCAGUCAGGUCCGGGAGGUGGCGUGUUCCAUCGUGGACCAGAAGUUACCAGAGUGUGGUUUCUAUGGGAUGUAUGAGAAGAUCCUGCUGUUCCGUCAUGACCAGACGUCAGAGAACAUGCUCCAGCUGUUGCGCUCGGCCUCUCAGAUCCAGGAGGGAGACCUGGUGGAGGCUGUGCUGUCAGCUUCAGCCACAGUGGAGGAUUUCCAGAUCCGUCCCCACUGUCUGUUCGUGCACUCGUACCGAGCUCCCGCCUUCUGUGACCACUGUGGGGAGAUGCUGUGGGGACUCGUACGACAGGGACUCAAAUGCGAAGGGUGUGGUCUGAACUACCACAAGCGAUGUGCCUUUAAAAUUCCCAAUAACUGCAGCGGCGUCAGGAGGCGGCGUCCGUCCAACGUGUCCUUGACUGGGGGUCUGGUCAACUUAGGGCGGCCUCUGUCGGCCGAGCCCUCGCCUCCACACUACACCGACGAUGCUUUACUGUCUCCGGUCAGUCCUAGCAUGGAGCAGAAGAACCAGCUGGAAUACUUUCCCGGCCGAGAGCGUCGGUCCAGCUCCCAGUCAUACGUCGGCCGCCCCAUAGAACUGGACAAGAUCUUGUUGUCAAAGGUCAAAGUUCCUCACACCUUCCUGAUCCACUCGUACACCCGACCCACUGUUUGCCAGCACUGCAAGAAGCUGCUGAAAGGCCUCUUCAGACAAGGCCUUCAGUGUAAAGAUUGUAAAUUUAACUGUCACAAACGAUGUGCUCCUAAAGUCCCCAACAACUGCCUGGGAGAAGUUUCUAAAAAUGGAGAGCUCCUGAGCCCGGGGGCGGAGUCAGACGUGGUCAUGGUGGAGGGUUGCCUUGACGACCAUGACAUCGACAGAGGCGGCGGGCUGAUGGACGACAUGGACGACGCAGGGCCCAGCGACUUCUGUGACCUGCACGACCCCGACCUGGACGAGUCCAACCGAGCCAUCAGCCCAACCACCAGUAACAACAUCCCACUUAUGCGAGUGGUGCAGUCUGUGAAACAUGCCAAGAGGAAGAGCAGCAACGUGAUGAAGGAGGGCUGGAUGGUCCACUACACCAACAAGGACACCCUGAGGAAAAGACACUACUGGCGGCUGGACAGUAAAUGCAUCACACUGUUUCAGACCGACACAGGAAGUAAAUACUACAAGGAGAUCCCUCUGUCGGAGGUCUUGUCUCUGGAACCAGCCCAGACGUUCUCUUUGCUCCCUGACGGAGCCAACCCUCACUGCUUUGAGAUCGCCACGCUCUCGCUGGUUUACUACGUAGGAGAGAACCUGCAGCGAGCCGAGUCGUCGGCGCUGAGCAGCAGCAGCAUCCUGAUCAGCGGCGUGGGCCAGGAUGUGGCUCGGAUGUGGGAGAUGGCCAUCCAGCACGCGCUGAUGCCGGCCGUUUCCACGGGAGUGUCCCACAGCUUCCACCGCAGCGGACACAAGGAAGUUUCCAUCAGUAUUUCUGUCUCCAACUGCCAGAUCCAGGAGAACGUGGAUAUCAACUCCGUGUAUCAGAUCUUCCCAGACGAAGUUCUAGGCUCCGGACAGUUUGGCAUCGUUUACGGAGGUAAACACAGGAAGUCUGGACGCGACGUCGCCAUCAAGAUCAUAGACAAACUUCGCUUCCCCACCAAACAGGAGAGUCAGCUGCGCAACGAAGUGGCCAUCCUGCAGAGUCUGCACCACCCGGGCAUAGUCAACCUGGACUGCAUGUUUGAGACCCCGGACCGGGUGUUCGUCGUCAUGGAGAAGCUCCAUGGAGACAUGCUGGAGAUGAUCCUGUCCAGUGAGAAAGGACGACUGCCGGAGAGGAUCACCAAGUUCCUGGUGACACAGAUCCUGGUCGCUUUACGCCAUCUUCACUUCAAGAACAUCGUCCACUGUGAUCUGAAACCUGAAAACGUGCUGCUGGCGUCCGCUGACUCCUUCCCACAGGUGAAGCUCUGCGACUUUGGCUUCGCUCGCAUCAUUGGGGAGAAGUCGUUCCGGCGCUCGGUGGUCGGAACGCCGGCGUAUCUGGCCCCCGAGGUGCUGAGGAACAAAGGCUACAACCGCUCUCUGGACAUGUGGUCGGUGGGAGUCAUCAUCUACGUUAGCCUCAGCGGGACGUUUCCGUUCAAUGAAGAUGAAGAUAUUAACGAUCAGAUCCAGAACGCUGCCUUCAUGUACCCCCCUCAUCCCUGGAAGAAGGUCUCCCAGGAAGCAAUUGACUUAAUUAACAACCUUCUGCAAGUCAACAUGAGGAAGCGGUACAGUGUGGACAAGACCCUGAGUCACCCCUGGCUGCAGGACUACCAGAUGUGGCUGGACCUGCGGAGCCUGGAGUCCCGCAUGAACGAGCGCUACAUCACCCACGAGAGCGACGACCUGCGCUGGCACCACCACGCUCAGCUCAGCGGCCUGGACUACCCACCGCACCCGGGCAACGGGCCCCGCGACCUGGGCCAGAGCAUGGAGCGCUACCAGGAGCAGGAGCUGGAGACGCUGAGCGAGAGGGUGAGCGAGCUGUGAGACUGAGCUCCUGCUCCACAGCAACAACAAAAGCACCAUCUCCCUUCAGCUUCAGCGUCAACAGGAAGCUUCACCACCUCAUAGUUCCUAGAAGUAGAUUUUAAACGUAACUGCUCAUGGGUGAAUUAACUCACAUAUGUACAGUAGUAAAUGAUGGAUUCAUAUUUGACGCCAAGAGAACACGAGCCCCAAAACAACAAAUACGCAUCUUGUUUCUGUGUUUCUAUAUGAUCAUGUCUACAUGUCAGAGCAAAAUGCUGAGUCAAAAUGAAAAAGCUGUUGUUGUUUUUUGUUUUUUUCUUGCUUCUUUAAACAUUGUUGUUUGACCUCCAAAGGUGGAAAAAAAACAAACCUCCCAGUUUGUGCCACAUGACUGAUGCUUACACUAAUGGGUCGGCUUCCUUCUCAUUUACAACGGCUCCGUUUCAUCUGGACCUAAUGUAAAUAAACGUUUCAAUUCUUCAUCAGAAUCAUACAAACAGUGAAAUGAUUCUAGGUGAAUCGCCAAACUGUUGAGCAGCAGAACUUUACUGUCUUGACUUCCCACUGUUUUGCAUAGUUCUGUUCACCUGCUGCCUUCAUGUGCGUUUAACAGAAACCUCAAGGCCUCGAACACAGGAACUCGAUCAGAACCUGCAGCUUUACUCUGGUUAUACCGUCUUAACUUCUUCAGUACUGAUGAAACGUUUGGAGCCUGUUUUAGUGUUAGACUAGAGCGGCUCUACCUACGUCAGAACGGCUCUACAUACGUUAGAACAACUCUAUUUUAGAACAGCUCUACAUAUGUUAGAGCGGCUCUAUAUACGUUAGAACGGCUCUACAUAUGUUAGUACAGCUCUACAUACAUUAGAACAGCUCUAUGUUAGAACAGGUCUACAUAUGUUAGAGCGGAUCUAUAUACGUUAGAACGGCUCUACAUAUGUUAGUACAGCUCUACAUACAUUAGAACAGCUCUAUGUUAGAACAGCUCUACAUGUGUUAAAACGGCUCUACAUAUGUUAGAACAGCUCUACAUAUGUUAGAACAGCUCUACAUAUGUUAGUACAGCUCUACAUAUGUUAGAACAGCUCUAUGUUAGAACAGCUCUACAUAUGUUAGAGCGGAUCUAUAUACGUUAGAACGGCUCUACAUAUGUUAGUACAGCUCUACAUACGUUAGUACGGCUCUACAUACGUUAGAAUAGCUCUAUGUUAGAACAGCUCUACAUGUGUUAAAACGGCUCUAUAUACGUUAGAACGGCUCUACAUAUGUUAGAACAGCUCUACAUAUGUUAGAACAGCUCUACAUAUGUUAGUACAGCUCUACAUAUGUUAGAACAGUUCUAUGUUAGAACAGCUCUACAUAUGUUAGAACGGCUCUACAUAUGUUAGUACAGCUCUACAUACGUUAGAACAGCUCUAUGUUAGAACAGCUCUACAUGUGUUAAAACGGCUCUAUAUACGUUAGAACGGCUCUACAUAUGUCAGAACAGCUCUACAUAUGGUAGUACAGCUCUACAUAUGUUAGUACAGCUCUACAUAUGUUAGAACAGCUCUACAUACGUUAGAACGGCUAUACAUUCGUUAGUACAGCUUUACAUAUGUUAGAACAGCUCUACAUAUGUUAGAACGGCUAUACAUUAGUUAGUACAGCUCUACAUACGUUAGUACGGCUCUAUGUUAGAACAGCUCUACAUUCGUUACAAAGGCUCUACAUACGUUGGAACGGCUCUACAUACGUUAGAACGGCUCUAUGUUAGAACAGCUCUACAUACGUUAGAACGGCUCUACAUACGUUACAAGGGCUCUACAUACGUUAGAACGGCUCUACAUACGUUAGAAGGGCUCUACAUACGUUAGUAAAGCUCUACAUAUGUUAGAACAGAUCUAGGUUAGAACAGCUCUACAUAUGUUAGAGCGGCUCUAUAUACGUUAGAACGGCUUUACAUAUGUUAGUACAGCUCUACAUAUGUUAGUACGGCUCUACAUACGUUAGAACAGCUCUACAUUCGUUACAAAGGCUCUACAUACGUUGGAACGGCUCUACAUACGUUAGAACGGCUCUAUGUUAGAACAGCUCUACAUGUGUUAAAACAGCUCUAUAUACGCUAGAACGGCUCUACAUAUGUUAGAACAGCUCUACAUAUGUUAGAACAGCUCUACAAAUGUUAGUACAGUUCUACAUAUGUUAGAACAGCUCUAUGUUAGAACAGCUCUACAUUCGUUACAAAGGCUCUACAUACGUUGGAACGGCUCUACAUACGUUAGUACAGCUCUACAUACGUUAGAACGGCUCUAUGUUAGAACAGCUCUACAUACGUUAGAACGGCUCUACAUACGUUACAAGGGCUCUACAUACGUUAGUAAAGCUCUACAUAUGUUAGAACAGAUCUAGGUUAGAACAGCUCUACCUAUAUUAGAACAGCUCUACAUACAUUAGUACAGCUCUACAAAUGUUAGGACAGCUCUACAUACUCUACAUUAGUAAAGCUCUACAUAUGUUAGAACGGCUCCAUGUUAGAACAGCUCUACAUAGUUCUGCUCUUGUAUUAAUGUAGUGUUUGGCAGUUUAGUAAAGUCUGACUCAAGUGGAAGCUGUCAUGAAUGAUGAGCCCUUCCAUGUCUUUGUGGGUUGUUAAACAGAGCAGAACCCUGAAUGCUCCUAGUUCCCAUUUUAUUUAGCUACAUUUCCUGACCCGCAGACAUUCGCUAGCUCUAGAACCAGAGAACGUACCCACAGGUUGUUACCAAACUCUUCCCAGACUGAAGACUAGGUUGUAGUUGUUGUUUAUGUGGUUCUUCCUUCAGCUGAUUCGUUUCCAGUCUAACUGUUGCCCGGGUCACUUUUCUGAUGUUGCUUUGAAAACAUAACAUUUGUUGUUCAUGUGUAAAAACAGUUUUGGGAGCAGAGCGACAUGAAGCUUAUGUUGAAUAAUUACCUCUGCUUCGCUGUGUUUCUAGCUUUUAAUGGGCUUUUUAAUUUCCAUACUGAGACCACAGAACCCGACUUUAGACCUUUUCCCAACUUAAUUGCUACUUCAGCGAGAGAAAUGUCAGUGUACACUCUUCUCCCGCCUGAGCACACAGUGAUGGCUGCUAAUUAAUUAGUAAAGUUUACAGUUUCCUGGCCUGUGAGCGGCUCAGUGGACGCUAAUGGCUGAGGAGGCCUCCUGUCGGCCGCGUCGACGAGUCUGUUUACCGAUAAGCAAAGCUGAACCUCUUCCCAUAGAGACAAAGGGAACAGCUUGUGUUGGUGUUGUUGAUGAACUAAGGGCUGUUUCUCUUAAGCCGCGUCUUCUCGGAGCCUCCUUGCUUUUUGUGUGGAGGUGAACAACUCAUAAGCGUGUGAAAAAAAGCUGUCAUGCAAUAUAACAUGCUGGAGGUUUGUACAUCAGCUCAUCUGCCCAUGAAGAUGUGCAGGACGUUGGACCUUCUUCUGUUAAAUCCACGACAUCACUGCAAACCAAGGUCAGUUCAUGAGUCUCCUCCUGCUGUCAACCAAAAGCCAUUUAGGCCUGAACCCUUUGAAUCCUUUACCCACGAGGCUUUGGGGGGCGCUGGACCCUGAUGUUGAGCUCCACGUCCUCAUACUUUGCAUACUUUGAUUUUGCUGGACUGCUGCUGUUGGGUCUGUUCACCGCGUCCUUCCAGCUGCAGACAGUUGUGUGUUGUCUGAUGAACAGUUGUGCUGUGAACUGCUGCUUGUGGAAUCAGUUCUAAUAUGUCGAACCGUGGUACAAACGACCAAAUACUGUCAACAAGGGUCAUGUGGAUGUCUUGUGGGAGCGGCCACUUCCUGUCUGCUCAGCCGCUUCACGCCGUGUCUGGAGCGGCCGUCCUCCUGCUCCCGCUGUCCCUCGCUGAGGCUGCCGUCCAACAGGCCUCUUCAGAACCAUUCUGUUCAUGUGCUCAUCAGCUCUGACCCGUCUGAUGUCUGAAGCCGCCUGAAGUGCUCUCUCAGUAUUUGUUCUGCUGGAGCUUUACAUAUGUUUCUGUUUAAAUAAAUCUAUUUUACCUGAAA